AUGACGCCGCCUCCAUAUUAUACACUCUUGGAUCCUCCUGUGCCCACCAAAUCAGUAUUGUCUGAUGUACGUAUUAACAAGUCAAUCAAGAUUAAUCAUCAGCAAGAAUUAGAAAAGUUGAAGGGAUUCCUUGAUUCAUUCAAAGAUCAAAAACUGUUUUGGAUCGAAGUAACCUUGAUAGAUCGACUUUACUAUAAAAACGUGAAUCAGCAAAGACCCUUUCAUCGAUUCAAGCGAUCUAUGGAAAUAAGAAAACUAGUCAAAAGGCUAAAGGCAUUAGCUAUUGAAAAGGAACUUGAAAGACUUUAUCUAUCCUUUUGGAACGCAAAAACGCUAGAUAAAUGUACAGGAAAGUGGACAUUUAUACCAAGUAAAGAAUCAAUUCAGUACACGAUGCAUAGACUCAUAGGGGCAGCUCUGAUACUCGAUAAGCUAAAGAUUGUCCUUGUUGAGACAUAUAGAGCCAAUUCGACAUUACUAAAAUUAGAGCACUUUGUCUCUUUGGCACUAGUAUUUAUGGGUAUAUGUAGUCGGAUGUAUAGUCUAUCUCAGGCCUGGAUAAGUCAGAUCGAAGGAUGUUACCAGCAACUCUAUAGCUGGUCAGAGGCAUUUCCUACAGGACUGAAGCAAAAGGAAUAUGAUCUGUUUAUAUCUUCCCAUAAUCUGGCUUGUACAAGAGACACUAUGAAAGAAGCACGUAGUACAUUUGCUGAGCAAUGGAUGACAUUAAAAACAAGCAUUCAUCACAAGACACACCUUGAAACAUAUUUAGCAAAUCAAGCAGUAGUAGACAAGGUGAAAGAGAUCCAAAAAGAAAUAGGCGUCAAGUCAACGGAUCCUUUAUCGUUUGACUUUGAAGAAGACUUGGGAGAAAUUGUUGAACGAUAA